AUGGGGAGUGCCGCGUCAACUUGCAGCGAAGGUGGUAGUGGCAAACCGCACGCGGUGGUGGUGUGUCACUCGUCCCAGAACGAUCCGUUGCGAGGUCUUCUUAAAGACGGAGGAGAGAUCAACAAUGUUGACGACGUUGUGAUCAUUACCGACUCGUACCCACGUGAUCGCCAGCAACGCGCCGGCAUGAUUUCUCGAGUUCAAACAGCUUUCGUUGCGAUUGACCCAAUGCUUCAACGCAGUUCUGAACUAAUCGAGACCCUGUCUUAUCUCAAGGACCAGAGGAAGACGGUCAUCUCCGGACCGUUGACAUUCUUUUCUCGACCGUCAGGUGCUAUUGGUGCAGUGUGUCUCGCACUCAAUCAAUGGGAUCCGCUGUUAUUUGCCGAACCCUCGAGACUAGCAUACUGGGCAGAGAAAUACGCGCUUCUGACCCGCUCUGAAGCGAACGAUAUAGAUGAUACCAGCGAUGAGUUGGAGGGCGUCAAUGUUAACACGUCCUGUGCUGUCGAGACCUCAUUGUCUCCGCACAUCUUCUUCGUGUUCUGCAUCGACGACACUGGAGAAUCUGAGCGUGUAAUCGAGAAGUUUGCGCACGCUAAGCUCGUCCCCGGAGGAAUUUCAUUGGAUGGAGAAGUUAUUCGCUGCCAGCACAACAUACAGAGUGAUCUCACCGCUCUUAGAGAAGCAAGUGUGGUUGUCUUCGUCAUCACAGAGGCCUGCACUGCUGAAGAUGAUAAUGCGAUGUGUUUUCGUCAGUUGUUUGAACACGCAUUAGCGUGGAAUAUACCGCUGCUUCCUAUCAAAGAACAGCGUGCAUCACUUCGUGGAUGGUUAGCACUAGCUAUGGCAGGACGGCUCUGGUACCAGGUCGACGCAACCAAUCUUGAGCUUGUUGAUACACCAUACGCGAAUAUCCCCGAUUGUCCUUGUAAAGUCAAGGAUUCUUGUCUGGCAACAGACUUUGUGGUGUGUGCGAACGGUCUCUUGUUAGCUCCACAUCGAACACUGGAGCGCUCGCAGAUCGCGUCACGUGAAAACGCAGCGAUAAGCAUUGCCAAGGAACGAGCUCAAGUCCUUGGACUCUCGAGUAUUGCCAUUGGUUCGUUGUGUCGACGAGUAGGAGAGUUGGUAAACCCCGGUGAUGAUGACAGCAUCAGAAGCUUGGACGAGCUGGGAGUUGCUACAACACGAGAAGCUGUUGAAAUUGAAGCCACAGGUCAUUUGGACGAACCGAAACCCGUAGAUUUACUACCAGCGGAACAAACCGAAGAGACCAAGUCUCUCCAGCCUUUAUCAGAUAUCCACUACGAAGUCACUAGACAGGGUUUCGUGGCGCCACCGGCUGUAUUAAACAAUGAUGGACUGCCGAUUAUCGGGCUUCAACUGGAUGCCAUGUUCUCGUACCAAUGGGGGUCACAGCACACUGUGUUAAAAAUCCACCAACAGGGCCAAGUACAUAAUUUGCGAGCGUGGUUCGAUGUGUAUGGCCACAUGCAAGGCAACGUGAACUCUGCGAUGGCUGCAGCUGUGGAGAGUGUAGCUUGUAUGGUUGUCUUCCUCACAAAGGCUUAUCUUGUAUCUGUAAAUUGUCACCUCGAGUUUGCGUACGCCACUCGCUGCCGAAAGCCAAUGAUAUUCGCGUUUCUUGAGGACCCAGAGACACUGGACUUACCUGACUGGGUCGUUGACGUAGCUGGUACCACACAAUUCAACGUGUAUCCAAGCCUGGUAAAAGAGAGCCUCGACGAACCCAGUCGUGUGCUGGCACUGGAUAUGCGAGCUGAACGAGUACGAGGAGUACCCAUGACAGACGUCCUUUUCGGAGCAAUACGAAAACUGGCAGCUUGCCGUGCUAAUUCAUCAGUCCCAAUCGUGUACGAUGGGAGCCUCUUGCUAUACGCUACAACCAGCGCACUUCAUUACGCCCUCGAGAAUGAAAAACGAGACAAUAAAAGCGAGGGUACUGGGGUACGUUCAGAGACAACAGUUUGUACACGUUGUGGUGCCGCCUUCGUUUAUGAAAUCACAGCCAGUCUUGAAGGUUGUCGACGUCAUACUGCGUACUACGUCGGCGGCACACUAAUUGCUGGGCGGUGGGCUUGUUGCCAGGAGACUGACCGCGAUGGGCCUGGGUGUCAACAAGCGCAACACAUGGCGGCUGGCCGUAUCUGGACGAUGGAACCAACUUACGGCACAUACACAUACGAACCAAACCCGUAGGAAAGUACUGUAGCGAUUGAUUUUUUUAACCACUUAAGUAUUGAGACAUAUACUUGAACGCUUUUUGUCACUGGUGGGCAGUGAUGCUGGUCA